AUGUCAAAACAAUUUGUACGUUCUGCCAAAAAUGUCGUGAAGGGCUACUCUUCGACGCAAGUUUUAGUAAGAGAUGCAACUUCUAAUGAUGAUAGAGUGCCUCAUGUUUCCCUUCUGGAAGAUAUCGCCCGACUUUCUUAUAGUAAUGUGGAUUUCUAUGAAAUCAUGGAUAUUGUUGAUAAAAGAUUAAAUGAUAAACCAAAAUAUUGGAAACACAUUGAAAAAUCCUUAAGUUUACUUGAUUAUUUGGUCAGGUUCGGUAGUGAGAAUUGUAUCUAUUGGUGUAAAGAUCAUUUAUUGACUUUGAAAUCGUUGAAAAACUUCAGAUAUUUUGAUGAAUCUGGAUUUGAUCAAGGUCAAAUUAUUAGGGUCAAAUCGAUUGAUUUGGUCAAUUUAAUUAAUGACGAUCAACAACUCCAAUAUGAACGAAGAUUUAAUAAACGUCACCAAAGGGGUAAUAAUGGCAGAUAUACCAGAAAUAACCUUUAUCGUAAUGAGAAUAGUCCAUAUGGACAAUAUGACUUUUCUAGACCAAAUGAUGGUUUCAAUAGUAAUACUGAUAUCGACUAUUCUGAUAACGAUCCAAGAAAUAAUUACCGUUCUUCAAGGACCCCAUCAAGAAGAAACACAGAUUCUGAUUUACAACGUGCUAUCGAAGAAAGUAAAAGAACAGCAGAAGAAGAUGAAAAAAGAAGACAAGAAUUGGCCAAGUAUGAUGAUGAAGAUCCUGAAUACUUGGCCGCUUUACAAUUAAGUAAAGAAGAACAAGAGCUGAAGGAAUUACAAGAGUUGCAGAGAUUACAACAACAACAGCAACAACAGCAAUUGCAAUUACAACAGACUGGUUAUUAUGAUAUGUUUGGAAAUCAAAUAUCACAAAGUGAAUAUCAAGAAUAUCAACAACAACAACAACUUUGGGAGCAAUUACAACAACAACAAAGAUUGGCUCAAGAACAAUACUUGCAACAACAGCAAAUGCAACAACAACAAGAACAACAGCUUGCCAUCCAAAAGGAACAAGAACGUUUAUUUACUGAACAACAACAAGCUAAUUUGCAACAACAGCAACAAGCUGCCUUACAACAACAACAAUUAUGGGAGCAGCAGCAGCAACAACAACAACAACAGCAACCUAUGAUUACUGGUUCAAAUAAUCCUUUUGCCUUGAAUAACUCGCAACCAACUCCUAUGACACAACCAACACCACAAAUUCCACCUCAAAUACCAAUUCAGCAAACACAACAAACACAACAAACACAACCACAAACAACGUAUCAGUCACCCCCUCAACAACUGUAUCAAUCUCCAGUUCAGCAAUCUGUACAAUCUCCAAUUCAACAAACCAUUCCACCACCAGGUCAUUUACAACCCCAACAAAUAACAACACACUCACUACCACCACAGCAAUCACAACAACAAUUAUUGCAACCAAUUAAAACUGGAAAUCAAGAUAUUUCAAAUCAAUAUAGUGAACUAAACAAUCUGAUAGCUCAAGGUACUGGUGUUGACACUUUUGGUAACACAGGGAACCAAAGAAUUCCAGCACAACACACUCAAACAGGUACUUUUAUUAAUUCACAAGGGACAGGUUACAAACAAAUAUCAAAUGAUGAUUCAAAAAACAAUCCAUUCUUGAAUACACAAUAUACAGGGCUUCCAAGUGCAUCUAGUAUGAUACCAUCCUACACUGGUUAUGGUUUUGGUAACCAGAAUAAACCCGAUAGUAACAAUAGUAAAGAUACUACAGUAUCUGCUGUAACUGGCUCACAACAACAACAACAGCAACUCAACCAAUCUCACACCACGCAGAUACCAUCCACAUACAAUCAACCACCACCAAUACAACAGCAAGCAAAUUUUAUUUCUUCUCAAAACACUCAAGCUCUCUAUAACCAACAAACUUCCAAUACGUAUUUACCAUCACUACAGCCACAUCCAUUUACUAAUAAUCAAGCAGGGUACUCAGUUCAACAAUCUGCUCCUCCAGAUCAAGGAAUUAGCUUAAUUGAAUUAUAG